AUGAGACCUGAUUUAUUUAAGGCUACUGUAGCUGGAGUACCAUUUGUAGAUGUUGUGACUACAAUGCUUGGUCCAACUAUUCCUCUUACAACUGCAGAAUGGGAGGAAUGGGGUGAUCCUCGGAAAGAAGAGUUCUACUUUUACAUGAAAUCAUAUUCACCAGUUGACAAUGUGCGUGCCAAUGUUGUCAAGAGUGAUAUUCAGGAUGUGAUUGAUAAAGAUGGUGAGGGAAUCACUAUGGUCACAAAAAAAGCUGGAAAUCCAGGGACUGCUACUGUGAAGGGGUACGGUACAGGUGAUAUUAAUCCCAAUGUUUCUGGAAGCAAAGGUUGUAAUUGGAAUGGAGGGAAUAACAAAAGAGGAAGCUAUAAUAGUGUUAAUAAAGAUAAGCAAGGGCAGUCUUCUCCUGAUUCUAUGGAAAAGAUAUCAGUAGAAUCCUGUCCUGCUUCUGAUUUGUUAGUCAAUAAUUCUGACAGUGGUCAAACUGAGGCUAUAGAAUCUAAGUGUGAUACCAGGGUGAAUUCCAAUCUUGGGAACCAUGAUUGUUUAAAUCCUAUGAAUGACAUCCUUGGUACCAUAGAAGUCAAGAAACAGGGGAGAAAAGAGAGAAGGCACAAGGAAGCCCAGAAUGUGCUUGCAGCUGCAACUACUGCUGCUGAAGCUUCUUCCAACCUUUCAUCUUUCAGGAAAGAUACACUUGAAGAAUCCGCUCACCAUGAGGAAUUAUGUAAAGAUUGGUUAUCAAUUUUAAUGAUUUUUACUUCUGCACGAUCUUCAAUUAACAUAAGACAUUUGGAGAAAGCAACAGUGUCUACUGGAAAAGAAGGCUUGUUAUCUGAAGGGAAUGGUCUACUAGAAAAGAAGGCUUGUAACAUUUUUGGUUCUUGUUCCCGACUUUACUUGGAACAGGGACCGAAAGUAAUUGGUCGAGAUGCAGUUUUAUAUGUUGAGUCGCUCAUUGAGUCAAUCAUGGGAGGAUUGGAAGGGCUAAUCAACAUUCUUGAUUCUGAAGGAGCUUCUACCAGAAGUCAGCUGAAACUACAAAUGGCUUUUGAUGGGCAGGAAAGAUAUAUGAAGAGAUCUUGGGAGCCAAGUGAUAAAGCUGAUCUUCACUUUGUCUACAAAGAAGUUGAAGGAGUAUCAACUCAAUGGGAUGAUAUUCAAAGAAAACUCAGGAACUUACCUCCCAAACCCUCUGCCUUCAAACCUGAUCCCUUCACUCCUGCAGAAGACGAAGAUUCCAAACCUAAAACCAAAUCUCAGAUCAAUAACAAGACAGAAGAACUUAAAGAUUUAGAAGAUGAUCUUGAUGAUAGUUGUUUCCUCGAAGAAUACAAGUACCAUCAACUCCCUUAA